CCCAAAUUGAAAUUUCUUCCAGAGAUGAAUGCCAAGAAAAUUGAGUUUGAACAGUUUCUGCCCAUGUUGCAAUCUAUUUCCAACAACAAGGACCAGGGCACCUAUGAAGACUUUGUUGAGGGUCUGCGUGUCUUUGACAAGGAAGGCAAUGGCACCGUUAUGGGUGCUGAACUUCGUCAUGUACUAGCUACACUAGGUGAAAAGAUGAAAGAGGAAGAAGUGGAAGCCCUGAUGGCAGGUCAAGAAGACUCCAAUGGCUGCAUCAACUAUGAAGGUACAAUCUCAUUUGCUCUGGUGGUUACAGCAACUCUGAACUGAUUGGGGUUGACGAUG